UUUAAAUGUAAUGAUAUUGAAAGUUUAGCUUGGAUGGUGUAAUUCACAAACACUAUUCUUAUUUAAUAUAGUACAGAGUGCAAGUGUUUUCAAGAGUUUUGAGACUGCUCUGCGCAUGAUGUAUUGUCGCCCCCUGAUGGAGAAGACCGGAAACGUCAGGCCUCGCGCUUAACCAACGCGCCUCAACAGCAGCUGCGCAACGGUGGGAAGUACUUCCGGCGGGUCAGCGUCGCCUCUUAGAAAAGUUACUAUUUCCCCGCGGACUUUUCCUCAAACCUAAAAUACUAGUCUAUCUCCCGAGCGCAAAGACGGCGUCUGGCAGAAUGCUUUAACGCAAACAGCCCUCGGAGAAAAACAGUUUGUAAUCCAACGGACUUUGUGCAGCGCGCCGGAGUGCGCGCGAGCGAGAGGAAGCAGUAUUCAACCAUCUUUCCUCUGCUGGCAAUAACAAGAACAGAGAAGGGUCCAAGUGGGGCUGCACUUCUCAAUUUAUCCUCCUUUUCUCCUUAUUUAUACUCGGAGCCGCGAGGUUGCACGUCCCCCGACCGAGACCGAGGAAUAUAAAGCGUCCACACCCGGGAUCGUAGCAUUAGUAGAUUAGCAAUUUGAUUUGGUAUUUCUUUUUUCAUGUUUCCAACAGGUUUACCUUCCCCUAAUCCCCCACCGCCAGCCCAAGAGCCCAGACCGGCUGCUUCUGAUGUUCACAACGACUGUAGCUUAACGUCUUCUAAGAAGAGGAAAAUUAACAGUUCCGAGAAGGAAGACAUUGAUUCAAUAUCUUCGUCUCCUAAAGCCAUUUGUAAUUCCUCCUCCACAACGUCCAGCUCACAGCAGCAGCAGCACAUCCAGAAGAAGUUGAGGUUCGAGGAUCCGCUGGAUGUGAAGAUGGCCGAGGAGUCGUGUAACUCUGCUGAAUCGUGUUCAAAGGCGAGAAAUGUGUUCCUGCCCGGAGGUGUCGGGCAUCAUGCUAACGGACUGACCAAGUCUGCGGGAUCCGCCACCUUCUCCAACAGCAAACCCGGUGCUGCGAAGAAACUUGUUAUCAAGAACUUUAAAGGUAGGUGAAGAGACUGCGGUCCCCCUCGUCUAAUUUGAAACAUCUUGGGCUGUCUCAAAACUUAGCGAGCUGUAUGCCUAAACGGCAUUUUGG